GCAGGGUGUUAAAUAUGCCACCAUCAAAGGAUGAGGGCCUAUUGUAAAGAAUGCGGGGGCAGUCAGAUUUGUCCCCAUCAAAGGCAGAGAUGCAUCUGCAAAGACUGCAAGGGCAGUCAGAUUUGUCCUCAUGAAAGGAUGAGAUCUCGGUGUAAAGAAUGCAAGAGUAGUCAAAUCUGUCAGCAUAAAAGGAGGAGAGCUUGCUGUAAAAAAUGCAAGGGUAGUGAAAUCUGCCAGACUGAAAGCAGGAGAGCAUGCUGUAAAGAAUACAAGGAUAGUCAGAUUUGCCCUCAUGAGAAAUUAAGGUAUCGCUGUAAGGAAUGCAAGAAGGAUAAACAAUUAGAGGGAACCAGGAGCUGCCCGAAGUGUAAAAACGUGUUGGGCCUAGAUGAAUUUAGAGUGCUGAGAAAUGGAAAGACGGCAAUAAUUUGUAUAUGUUGCCAGGAUAAAAAGAAGGAAUCACGGGAACGUAACAGAUGCCCCCAUGGUAGGCGGAGGUCUCAAUGUAAAGAAUGAUGCGGUAGAGAUAUAUACCAGCAUGAAAGGAGGAAGGCUUAUUGUAAAAACUGUAAGGGCGGUCAGAUUUGUGAGCAUGAGAGACAUAAGGUUUGCUGUAAGGACUGUAGGAAGGGCAAACAGCUGGAAUAAAUACAGCUUUAUUCUGUGGAAUAUGAGUGACCACAACGCGUGUUUGUCCUCUGGGGCAAAAACCAAUCAAUAUGUAUGAGACUAAGAGCUGCACGCAAUGUAAGCGCUAUCUUUGUUUGGACAAUUUUAGGAUCAAGGGGAAUGGUCAACUAACAAAAAUGUGCAUAGCUUUCCCGGAUAAAAGGAAGGCGUCACGUGAACGUAAAAAAUGCCCCUAUUAAAGGCAGAGAUCUCGUUGAAAGGACUGAAAGGGAAGUGAAAUCUGCAAACAUGAAAGGAUAAGAACAACGUGUAAGGACUGUGGGUAAAGUCAGGUGUGCAGUGAACAUGGUAGGAUAAGAUAUCAGUGUAAAGAGUGUGGGGGUGGAAGUUUCUGCGGUGAACAUGGCAGGCGAAGAUCCCGGUGCAAAGCCUGAGGGGGUGGAAGCAUCUGCAAGGAUAAAAAAGUGAGGGACUAUUGCAAAGAGUGUAAGGACACGUUUUUGCGCGGCAAAAAAAGCAAGAUUUUGGAUAACUAAGUUUGACGUGGCUUGAGAAAUAUAACUUGUAGCGUACAACUUUUUCAAAUUAUGGACACAAUUAGAAAAAGAUUGAAAUUGUGUCCUGUUUUUUCCCUUUUUAAAACAAUGUUUUGUUUCGGAGUAUUAAGUCAUUCUUUUCCGGAGCAAGACUGGAGCAAAAAAGUCUUUCAUAAGAUUUGAGGUAAAAAAUCUUUAGAUUUUUUCCAUUUUAAUCCCAAUUUUUUUAAAUAUUUUUUAUUGAUAUAGGUUUAUUAGGUAUUACUGCUUUCGAUUACAAAAAAAUAUAUGAAAAAAAGAGCAAGUUUGGAGCUAAUAGUCCCUAGCAAUAAAUUUAGCGACUAACUGUAAUAGAAUGGUAUCUUACAAAAAUCCCGAAGUGUUCUUUUAUUUUAUGUUAAACUAUUCUUCAAGCUGUGCAUUUUUCGGGUAUUUGAAUAUCUAUAAUCCGAUGUGCAAAUGUUAAUUUGUGCAAAAGCAUAAAGCGUAUUAUCAUUAAUGACUAUUUGCUGCAAAAUUGCUCUUAUUUUAG